CUGCCUACUCCGCUCUCUCUCUCUCUCUCUCUCUCGUUUACCCACUCACGUUUCCUCCGUUCUCUCUCACUACCGGCAACAUAAACGUUACUCUCUCUUAUAAACCCACCGGAAAAAAUUUCAGGAAGAAGGCCUUUCACGCUUUGCUCAGAUCAACGAGUAUAUGUCUCGAUUUCAAUUUCUUACGAAAUUAUCUUGCUCUUUUAGGAGAGAUAGGAACUGGGGAAAUUUCGAUUUUAAUCGUUCUUUCAUCCAUUCAAUCGAUUUCGAGAUCUAGAUUAGCAUUUGGAAGUUAGGUUCGGUGAGGCUGUGGUUGGUUUGCCCGAUGGAUAUGAUAUUUUGGCUCGGCCAAUUGCUAUUUAUGUCCGUGGGCUUCAUGCUCUUGGUGCUGUAGUUGAAGUGAGGUUUACAUGAACGAGGCACUAUAUCAAUUUUGUUCGAAGGUAGCUAAGCUUCACAGUGAAUUCUAGCUUUGGAGAUAAAUUUGUAGGUUAGGAAUCUUUUGCUUUGUCAAACUUCGAAAAAUAUGGUAGUUCAUUCUCUUGACAAAAGUGCAUCUGGAGAGGAUAGCGACAACAUUGAUUGGAAUACUGAUGACGAGCUAGAAAUUCAAGGAGAUACAGCAUUUUCUUCUUCAUCUACUUUAACAACCCGUGGUACAGAAGCUUUUGCUGGUAGUGGAGAGGCAAGCUCAUCAUCAGGCGUUCCAAAUUCCAAGUUGGUCAACCAUUUUGUUGGGAUGGGAUUUCCAGAAAAACAGGUUUUGAAGGCAAUAGAGGAAAAUGGAGAAGAAGAUACAGACUCAAUCUUGAACACCCUACUGACAUAUUCAACACUUGAAGAUUCUCCUCCAAAACAGUUGUGUGUCAAUUCUGAUCCGAUCUCUUCAGACUAUGAGGAGAACCUUCCCGAUGAUCUCUCUGAUUUGGAUGGUUGGUCUGAAAAUGAAACAGAGGACAAUACUUCUUCUCUAUCUGAGGAACACAAAAAUUUGCUGUCCUUGGAAAGCACAGGAUCUUUGUCCGAGAAGGAGAAAAUGUUGCUGUCGUUAGCUAAUAUGGGAUAUACUGUGGAAGAGUCUUCAAUAGCAAUGGAAAGAUGCGGUCCAGAAGCCUCAAUUGCCGAGUUAACUGAUUUUAUUUGUGCUGCUCAAUUAUCAAGGGAGGCAGACAUUUAUCUGCCGGAUGAUGACCUCAAGCCAAGAUAUAAUGGAGUAAGCAAGAUCAAGAAGAGAAAGUUCUUUGAGAUUUGUAAAAAGAAAAAUGAUCCAGAGACUGAGACAAUACGCCUGCCUAACCCAAUGAUAGGAUUUGGUGUACCGUCGAUGCAGCCUGAGAAUAUUAAUCGAUCUCUUCCUGAUUCAGCAAUUGGUCCUCCUUUCUUCUAUUAUGAAAAUGUGGCUCUAGCUCCAAAGGGAGUCUGGGACACUAUUUCUAGGUUUUUAAAUGACAUUGAACCAGAGUUCGUUGAUUCAAAGUAUUUUUGUGCUACGGCGAGAAAAAGAGGCUAUGUUCAUAAUUUACCUGUUCAAAAUAGAUUCCCUCUUGUUCCUCUUCCCCCGCUCACCAUCCAACAAGCAUUUCCAUUAUCGAAACGGUGGUGGCCCCAGUGGGAUAUGCGAGAAAAACUUAACUGCAUACAAACUGCCAUUGGGAGUGCAAAGCUAACUGAGAGGAUUCGCAAUGCUCUUGAGAGAUUUGAUGGUGAUCCGCCUACUUCUGUGCAAAAGUUUAUUCUUGACGAAUGCCGCAAAUGGAAUUUGGUUUGGGUAGGGAGGAACAAGGUUGCCCCUCUAGAGCCUGAUGAAGUGGAAAUGUUACUGGGAUUCCCGAAGAACCAUACAAGGGGAGGUGGGAUAAGUAGGACUGACAGAUAUAAAUCCCUCGGUAACUCCUUUCAGGUUGAUACCGUGGCAUACCAUCUCUCGGUCCUAAAGGACAUGUUCCCAAGCGGAAUAAACCUGUUAUCACUUUUUUCUGGAAUUGGCGGUGCAGAAGUUGCCCUUCAUCGACUAGGAAUUAAACUGAAAAAUGUCGUUUCAGUCGAGAAGUCCAAAGUGAAUAGAGAUAUAGUGAGGAGUUGGUGGGAGCAGACAAACCAAACUGGAAAUUUAAUCGACUUUGAAGAUGUCCAGGCAUUGGACGGAGACAGACUCGAGGAAGUCAUAAGUUACGUUGGUGGGUUUGAUCUCAUCAUCGGUGGAAGUCCGUGCAACAAUCUCGCAGGGAGCAAUAGGGUAAGCAGGGAUGGCCUUGAAGGUAAAGAUUCGUCGCUCUUCUACGACUAUUUUCGUAUCUUAGACUUGGUCAAGUCUAUUAUGAGUAGGUCAUCGUAACUUGGUUUGAAGUGCUAAUUUUCCUGAUACUUGUGGAUUCAAAUGACUUGUUUGUCUACCUGUUAAUAAUUCAAAUUCCGCAAUGGAUUUUAGUUUAUUUUUCUAUGAAGUUCGUGUUAUU